AUGACGGGGAAAUGGGAAGAUGUGGCCGCCGAGAAGCGUGCACGCAUCGAGAAUUCGAUACCCCAAGAAUGGAGGAUCCAACAGCAGCCUGCUGGUGAUUCGGUAUUCGACUACCCGGCGAAAUCUGGCAUUCUUACCGCUGGAGAGCUCGCUAUAACAGAAUCAAGUGCAUCGGAGUUGGUGACGAAGCUGGCGCGAGGGGGAGCUGAAAUCCGUCGAGGUGACCGUAGCAUUUUGCAAGAGAGCUGCAUUAGCACACCAACUGGUAAGACGGAGCCCUUUGUAUCUCCAACUAUCCCAAUAUUGCUUGCCGCGGAGGUUGACGGAAUUCAGGUCAACUGUUGCCUCGAGUUCUUCCCGGAGGCUGCGAUUGCCCAGGCAAAGGAACUCGACCAAUACUUCGAAACGUACAAAAAGCCCGUGGGCCCCCUCCACGGCCUGCCUAUCUCUCUCAAGGAUCAGUUACGAAUCAAGGGCCUUGAAACUUCCAUGGGAUAUGUCUCUUGGGUGGGGAAGUACGACACCGAUGAGUCUGUUCUGGUGACACUCCUGCGCAAAGCGGGUGCUGUGUUCUAUACGAAAACUAGCGUUCCCCAGACACUGAUGGUCUGUGAGACGGUCAACAACAUCAUUGGGAGAACCUUGAAUCCCCGAAACAAGAAUUGGUCGUGCGGUGGAAGCUCCGGGGGGGAAGGAGCCAUGGUUGGUAUUCGGGGCGGAGUUAUUGGAGUGGGAACAGACAUCGGGGGUUCAAUCCGAGUCCCCUCCGCCUUCAACUUCCUAUACGGCAUCAGGCCAAGCCAUGGCCGCUUGCCAUAUGCCAAGAUGGCAAAUAGCAUGGAGGGCCAGGAGACCGUUCAUAGCGUGGUAGGCCCUAUUGCACACUCAGCUGCAGAUCUUCGACUAUUUUUGACCUCGGUUUUGGGAGAAGAGCCGUGGAAGUAUGAUUCUAAGGUCGUUCCUAUGCCCUGGCGAUUGAGCGAAGAGGAAAAGAUCCAGGAUAAGAUUUUAUCGAGUGGCUUGACGCUCGGAAUCUAUUCCUGUGAUGGAGUUGUCCUCCCUCAUCCGCCCGUUCUCAGAGGGAUAGAAAUCGUCAAAUCGGUACUCGAACAGCACAAGCACACCGUGAUUCCGUGGACACCACACCGCCAUGAUUUUGGUCACACUCUUGUCAACGCCAUCUACACGUCAGAUGGUUGUACGGACGUCAACGAGAAUAUCCGUGCAUCUGGAGAGCCACCGAUCCCCAACAUCAAAGAUCUUCUGAACCCCGCAAAUAAGAAGAUUGAUAUGAAUCAACUAUGGGAUACUCAUCUCCAGAAAUGGGCUUUCCAGAAUGAAUAUCUUGAAAAGUGGCGCGAGGCCGAAGAGCGACUUGGCAAGGAGCUGGAUGCGAUCAUUGCGCCCAUCACAGCCACGGCGGCCAUUCGCCAUGACCAGUUCCGGUACUAUGGCUAUGCAUCUGUCGUCAACCUGUUAGACUUCACCAGUGUUGUUGUCCCCGUUGCGUUCGCAGAUAAGAGUUUGGAUGUCAAGAACCCCAAUUUUAAGCCUUUGAACGAGCUCGAUGGGCUUGUCCAGGCUGAGUAUGACCCUGAAGCUUACCAUGGAGCACCCAUUGCCAUUCAGGUGAUCGGACGCCGACUGAGUGAAGAAAGAACCCUCGCUAUUGCUGAGGAGAUUGGGAGGUUGAUGGGAAACUCUACGACGCCUUAG